AUUUGUCGACGUCGCUAGAUCUCUUUUGCAGUUUUAUUCCUCAACCGAUCAACUUAUUUGUUUGUUUUGUUUUUUUCUUUCGGAGCUGCUGCAUGUCUCAAGUGCGUCUUUGAGUCUGCAGUCUCCACGUGUAGGUACGGAGGUUUUUCCAGUUAACUUUUUUUUUUUUUUCCUUUCUUUUUUUUUUCUUUGCACAACCUACCUGAGUUGUGCGUCUUCCAUCUGCACGCCUCCACUCCUCUCCACCAUGGAUUUGGUUUGGAUUGUGGGCUUCGUUGUGAGCGUCUGCGCCUGGUUUGUUUCUGCGGAGCGGCACAGCAUCUAUUGGAACAGCACGAACCCAAAAUUUCACUGGGACGACUACGCAGUAGAGGUGAAGCUGAACGACUACUUGGACAUUGUGUGCCCCCAUUACCCUCAGGGUGAGGUGCCUCUGCUGGAUGCUGAACGAUACGUGCUCUACAUGGUGGAGCGUGAGGACUACGACACCUGCAAGCCUCAGUCUUAUGACCAGAUGCGAUGGGAGUGCGGUCAUCCAUUCGCUCCUCACGCCCCUGAGAAGUUCUCUGAGAAGUUUCAGCGUUUUACUCCAUUUACUUUGGGAAAGGAGUUUCGCCAAGGAGAAAGCUACUAUUAUAUCUCCAAACCUUUGCACCACCAUGGACAGGAGUGCCUAAGGCUCAGGGUGGACGUUGUCGCUGCUGACGGUUCUCAAGAAGCCAGAGUGGCUAAAGGAGGCAUAGGUGGGGCUGGGGUUGGAUCAGGGGGCGGAGCUCGCAACCCCUCCAACAGAUUGCCUGCAGCAGAUGACCCAGUAGUAAUCCUGCCAGACGUUCAGAAGAGUGUACGGACGAACUCUGCAGUUACAGCUACAACGCUCUCAAUCAUCUCAUUGCUAGUCCCGUUUUCAUUACUUCUGUUGUUGCACUGAGAGUACAUGAAAGGACUACUGGUUGCAGACAUAUUUUCAGGGACUACAAUGAAGACAGUCCGUGGGGAUGAAACCACUGACUCAAAAAGACAGCUUUCCAUGCCCAGUGCUGGCCACAGGGAGAGACGUUUGAGGCUUGUAAAGUACGGACAGACUCGCUUGCAUUAAAUGUGCAGCGUAACCCUGAACAUUCAAGACAAAGUUUUUAUACUUCGUCAUGAAUAUUUUCUUGGAAAGAUCAAGCUCUCAUUCAUUUGUAAUUUUCAGGGGUCUCUUUAAGAACACUGACCUCUUUAGAACACAAUAGACAAAAUUUGAGAGGAUGGAAGAGGAACCCAAACUUGGCCGAAGAACAAUCAAGAACGAGGACGCCACCAUUUUCCAGUUACACAGAUAAAAAUCCAGAUGGAAUAAUGACACAUUUAAAAGAAAAGUAAUCCUUUGAGCCAAAGAUAAGUCAUCUGAGUCCAACUUGUACACUAUUCCACCCUUAAGUAUCGUGUACUAUCUGUUGUAUUGUUAUCGUAAUGGUAUUGAGUGGCAUUGAUGUCCCAAGUGAUUACUUUCUCUAAAUGUAGCAUCGACAGACUCAAGCUGUUCUCAUAACUACCAUUCCAUUGAAAAGUUCGACUAAGUGCUUAUACACUGUAGCACUCCACUGCACAGUCCAGACACACCAACAUACUGUACAAAAAAAAAAAAAAAAAAAAAACACACACUGAUGUUAGACGCUGUG